CAAUCAAGAACUUGCUGCGCCAUAGACUCUGAUAGAGAAGUGUAAUGCUACAGAAUACUUAAAUUGAAUGACCAUGGACCCCCACCACAGUGCCCAAGAUGUCGUCCGAUGUGACCUUUGUGAGACAGCUAUAGUACAGAUGUACUGUGAUUUCUGCCACGUCAAUCUAUGCAUUGCCUGUAUAGGAAAACAUGUUGCUGAUGACUAUCAAAAGCAUAUAGUGGUACCAUUCCAAAAACGAAACUCUACCUUGAUCUAUCCAAAGUGUAGUACACAUCAAACUGAAAAAUGUAAAUUGCAUUGCAAGGAAUGUGACAAGUUUGUGUGUUCAUUGUGUGCCGCAGAUAAACACAAGUGUCAUAUAUUUUCAAUUCUUUCUGAAAUCUACAAUGAAAUAAAAGCAGACAUGACAAAAGAUUCAGAGGAGAUAGAAAACAUUAUUUCUCCAACAUAUGAAGAAAUGGCCACUGAUUUAGAAACUCAAAUAACCAACUUGGAGAAUAUGUGAAAUUCACAACGGUAGUUACAAAACAUGGAGAGGAAUGGCACACAGAAAUUGACAAUGUCAUCAACAAAAUGAAAAAUGAAAUAGAAGAGAUGAAAAUCAAACACCUGGAAAUUCUGAAGAAACAUUUGGAUGAAAUUAAGCAGAUACAGUCCCUUAUUGAGCAAUCACUGAUUACUUUGAAUAAAAUGGAGGAAUCCAAUGAAGUGUCUGUGACCAUGGAAUACAGAUCCCAAAACAAAGAAUUCAGAAAACUUCCUCCCAAACUCCGAGUCUCACUGCCUACAUUUAGUCCAAACACGAUAGACAGAGAACAGCUUUACAAGUCACUGGGAUCUUUGAUACCAUUAUCAUUUACAACAGAUGUAAAUGGCUACACGGUGAAGAAAGCUGAAACCUCACCCAAAGAACUGAUGGGUGAACCAGAGCUUGUCACUACAAUAAAUACUGGGUAUGAAGAUCUCCGCAGUGUUACCUGUCUGAGAGAAGAAGAAUUCUGGACAAGUGGAAAAAAUGACACCUCCCUGAGACAGUCUCCAUGCCUUCAAUAUUGCCAGGUGACAUACCAGACAAGACACGACAUUCAACAAACAGGGAAGUGUAAUGAGGCCUUGCUAGAGAAGUGCAAUGCUACAGAAUAUUUAGAGUAGCCAUGGACCCCCGCCACAGUGCCCAAGAUGUCAUCCGAUGUGACCUUUGUGAAACAGCUAUAGUACAGAGGUACUGUGAUUUCUGCCACGUCAAUCUAUGCAUCGCCUGUAUAGGAAAACACAUUGCUGAUGACUAUGACAAACACAAAGUGGUCCCAUUCCAAAAUCGAAAAUCUACCUUGGUUUAUCCAAAGUGUAAAACACAUAAAACUGAAAAAUGUAAAUUGCAUUGCAAGGAAUGUGACAUGUUUGUCUGUUCAUUGUGUACUGCUGCAGCUAAACAUAAGGGUCAUACAUUUUUAAUUCUUUCUGAAAUCUUCAACAAAAGAAAAUUAAACAUAAGAAAAGAUUCAGAGGAGAUAGAAAACGUUAUUUCUCCAACAUACAAAGAAAUGGCCAUCGAUUUAGAAACUCAAAUAAACAACUUGGAUGGAGAAUAUGUGAAAUUCACAACAGUAGUUACAAAACAUGGAGAGGAAUGGCACAAAGAAAUUGACAAUGCCAUCAACAAAAUGAAAAAUGAAAUAGUGGAGAUGAAAAUCAAACACCUGGAAAUUCUGAAGAAACAUUUGGAUGAAAUUAAGCAGAUACAGUCCCUUAUUGAGCAAUCACUGAUUACUCUGGAGAAAUUGGAGGAAUCCAAUGAAGUGUCUGUAACCAUGGAAUACAGAUCCAAAAACAAAGAAUUCAGAAAACUUCCUCCCAAAGUCCGAGUCUCACUGCCCACAUUUAGUCCAAACACGAUAGACAGUAAACAGCUUUACAAGUCACUGGGGUCUUUGAUACCAUUAUCAUUUAUGACAGAUGAAAAUGGCUCAACACUGAAGAAAGUAGAAACUUCACCCAAAGAACUGAUGGGCGAACCAGAGCUUGUUACUGCAAUAAAUACUGGGUAUGAAAAACUCCGCAAUGUUACCUGUUUGAGUGAAGAAGAAUUCUGGACAAGUGCAGAUGUCAGUAUUAUGAUAUGCUUUAAUGUUCAAGGUACAGCUAGUAAUACAAUCAAAACCAAAUUGGGUGGAUGGCCACGUGAUAUAGCGGUGACCAGUGAUGGGGAUCUAGUGUACACUGACUGGAAAACAAAGACUGUGAAUAAAGUGAAGAGGGGACAGACAGAGGAGGUGAUCAGACUACGGGGCUGGAAACCUCUCAAUCUCUGUGUCACCUCCUCUAGUGAUCUCCUGGUUACUAUGCGCAGUGAUGAUGAAACACAAUCCAAAGUUGUCCGUUACUCAGGUUCCACAGAGAAACAAGCAAUCCAGUAUGAUGAUGAGGGUAAGCCUCUAUAUUCAGAAAAUAAUAAAAUUAAAUACAUUAGUGAGAACAGAAACCUGGAUAUAUGUGUUGCUGACUUUGGAGCUGGUGCAAUAGUGGUGGUCAACCAGGCUGGUAAACUCCAAUUUAGAUACACUGGUCAUUCUUCUACCACCAAACACAAAGCAUUCGAACCCUUUGGAAUCACAACAGACAGCCAGAGUCAGAUCCUGACAGCAGACAGUAAUAACCACUGUAUCCACAUCCUGGACCAGAAUGGACAGUUCCUCCGCUAUAUAGAUAACUGUGAUCUGAAGGGCCCUGUUGGGUUAUGUGUGGACAAAAUUGACAACUUGUUUGUUGCUGAGUUUUAUAGUGGAAAUGUGAAGAAAAUAAAAUAUCAACAAUAAAUACUUUUGUUUAUAACCAA